AAUGCCGGGGCCCUGCUGCUCCCCGCUCCCGUCCCGGAUUUGCAGCGUGGCUCCCCGCCCCAGCUGCGCUCGGGCUGGCCCCGUGGCGCCUGCCAGCGGAAGGGGAAGGAGGCGCCCCUGGGCCAGAGCAUGGCGCGAUGGAGGCGCUGCUGGCCCCGGCCAACUGGAGCACGCGGCUCGUGCGCACGGUGAUCAAGCUGCCACAGGUGGGGGCCAUGCGGGCAGCCCGCUCCGCACGCGGCGUCAGCCUGGAGAGCCUGGUGCUGGAGCUGAGCGGCUUUCUUGUGUUUCUAAGGUACCAGAGUUACUACAGUUAUCCCCUAGAGACUUACCUGGAAUACCCCAUCCUAAUUGCACAAGAUGCUAUUCUCCUGCUCUUUGUUCUGCAUUACAGUGGCAACAUGAAGCAAGCUUUGCCUUACAUAGUGAUAUUUGUGGGAGGAUGGUACUUUCUAACUCUGCAGAAAUGGAUAAUAGACCUGGCCAUGAAUUUGUGUACAUUAAUCAAUGCAGCAAGUAAAUUUGCUCAGCUGCGGUAUCUGUGGCAGACAAGAGAUUCCGGACAAGUGAGCGCCCUGACCUGGAGUAUGUCUGCAUACACAUGUGCAACAAGAAUAGUUACAACUUUAAUGACCACAAAUGAUCUUAUAGUUCUAGUCCGUUUCAUAAUCAUGCUGGUUCUUAACAUAUGGGUCACAGCCACAAUAUUGCGUUACAGGAAGACUGAAAAGACUGAUUAGAUGACAGGUUCUCCCCAGCUUCAACAUAGGUCAAACAGUUUGGACCAAAAAAAUAGUGAAACCUGAAUAAGAGACCUCCAUGUCCAGGCAGCCUCCUGUAUGCCACCUGCCUCAUAUUAUCCCUUAAAAGAUUAAGUACAAUGUUACCCAUGUUUUAUUACAAUUAAUACUACUUAAUGAAGAAUAUUUUAUUAGAAGUAAAUUUUAUUGGUCAUUUUUUAAGACAGGUUUCAGUAGUACCUGAUAUAUUCUCUGCAUUUUUUUUUUGUUUUUGAUAUUUUGUACUAUGUAGAUUCCUCGGACUUUUGCUCUUGGGGGAAUUCUGUACCAAAAAAUUAAGUUAUGUGCACAAUAUUAAAUUCUGCAUAUUUUAUUUGUUAAAAUAACACUAUAUAAUCAUGACUGUUUCAAUUUUUUUGAUUUAUUUCAAAAUACCUGUCAGCAACUGUCUGUACCAAUCCAGAUGACAAAAAAAGAUUACCCCAGGAGUAGAGAGUUAAAGACAUCCCUGUAACAACCCAGUUUGUUUCUCUGCCCCCUCCCCCACCAAGAGCCCAGCCACAGGGCCAGACACCUGCACCUCUCUUCCCAGAGUCCAGUCGCAGGGCCCCCAAUCCAGAGGGAGAAACAGCUUGAUGCUGGGUUCCAGACUUGCACAAGAAACUCCAUACACCAGCUUUCCUUCAGGGUGUGCUGGGAACUGCAGCUGCUGAGAACCCUCCAACUCUGUCCCUGUCCCCCUGGCAGUGUCUUCUAUCUGUGAGCUGGGCUCUGCUGGGUCCAGUUGGGCUCUGCAGUGUUAACUCUACAGGGAAAAGAAAUUGUGCGUAGAACAGUAAUUCUGCAUUGUGCAGUGGCACAGAAUUCCCCUAGGAGAAGUUCUUGUAACACUACAGUUCUUUACAGAUUAAGGGUCAUCUUUUCAGCAGUUUUCUUCAUUUAUAGAGGCACAGUUUUGUCCCUCCAAAUUAUUUUGAUUUUCCUUUUGCAACUGUAUGACCACAACUCAUUAGUAGGUCCCUCUCUUUUUUUUUUUGUAAACAGAUCUGUAAUUAGAUAACUACCUAUGGAGUUGGCAAAGAAGGAAGCCAGUUGAAAAUCUGGCCCUAAAUUUGUAAUUCAUCUGUAGUAUCACAGAACAAGCUAGGUUUGCUGCACCCAUAGUGAAUAUAUCAAAUGCUCUUUUCAUCCAAUUAAAAAGCUUAUCAUCAUACAAAACACCCAGAAGUCAGCUGUUUUGUCUAACCCAUCUUUACUGGGAUAAAAGCAAAAGUGCACCUAUUAACCUUUUAGGGAUCUUUCAAUCCUACAACUCUAACCCAUACCCAUUUAUUUGGUGGGUGUUCAGUUGCCCUCUAGUAAUAGCUGGGCCACAUAGAGAGGUUAAUGUGUAACAAGACAGGUCAUCCUGGGAUGCCCCCUCAUGGCUAGAAGUGGCCCUGAAGGUGGCCCAACAUCAGUUUCUCCAUCCUAAGGUUCCUCAAACUCUACCUUCACUCUUUAGUCCAAUAAUACCCUGGUUGUGAUCUAAUUUAUUAGUGUAAAUGCUUCAAAAUGACCCCCAAAGUCACAAAGUACAGUCCAUCAACAUAAUACAAAAGCCAGGCUGUUCUUUGGCCUCCCUCUUUGCUCACAGAAGGGGGUGCUCAGCAUUCUCCCCAGUAUCAACCCUCUUUCCUCCCACCACAAAUGAACAGUGUCCACCUGCCCUUGGCUUAAUGAAAGUGCAAGAUAAUUAAGGGCCACUCAUCCUGGGCUUAAAUUCUGAGUCCCGCCCUGGAUUCCCCCAGAAUUAGUCCCUUGUACCUUCCUCCUCACUGAGCUCAAAGAGUCAGCAAGCAAACUUCCUUCCACUGCUCUCCUGGCCCAGAGCUUUCCUAGCUCCUUGUCUGGAACACUGGCCUGUCUGGAUUUACCUUCUCUCUUGGCUCAAAGUCAGCAGGUAAACUCUUUUCUGUUGCUCUCUGGCCCUGAGCUUUUUCCAGCUCUCUUCCUUCAUCAGCUCUCCACUAUUGCUUCCUUGGGGAACUCCAGCAGCUCACUCUCACGAUAGGAACCUUCUACCAGAUCCCCACUGCCUCUUAUUGUCUUCUUUUCCAAACUUCUGCCAGACCCAUUUUAUAGGCCGGGUGUCUCCUCUGCAUUCCCAUUAGAAGGCAGCUAUCCAGGCAUAUGUGGAGUAGGCCUGCUCCCUUUUAAAGGGCCAGUACUCCAGCUCAAUGAGCCUGCUACAGUCUUAGCAAACAAAGAGCUCAGGCAGUAGAGGUUUUUGCUUUAAGAUCCCAUUGAUGCCAGGUUUGAUCUCCACUGCUGAUGACUCACCUCAGUGCAGGACACUACACAACCACAGGCCAACGGUCUCUCAUAGGGGCUUACCUACUUUCUAAUAGAAUCUGAUGCAACUCCUUCUAUUAUAUGGUUCUGCAAGUUUUCUGUGUUGUUAAGAUGCAAAUAUGUACUUGAGGUUUUACUUUUGCAUUCCACUUAUAACAUGCUUUGUAGUAGAGCAAAAUAUCAGGUUUAUUAAAAGAUAUGUUUGCGUAA